AUUGCAUCAAGCAUUCAGAUCACAAAUUAGGUCAGUGUGGCAUCAGAGAUAACAAACCAGUCAUGAGGCUCCUUGUAUGGAAGCUCUGUGUCAGGCCAAAGGGGCAGGACCUGGCUGUAACAUCCUUCCCCAGGGAUUCAUCAGCUCAGGCACUGCUCUCAGAAGAAUCUUUCUACUCAGAUGGAGCUUCUUAUCAAGGUACUGGUGACACCUCAGGUGCUGAAAGGGAGGCUGGGCCAACAACAGUUAACACUAAAAUGAAGCAUUCUAUGUGGAGUCCAGGGAGCCUAAAGGAAGCUGUGAAGCUAGUGGAAUGAUUCCCUGUGUAGCUGAAACUAUGUUAGCUGAGUGCUGCUGAUGGCAUGGUGAGAUGUGUUGAAGAGCAGCUGCGAGGGUGUCCAAGGGCAGGGGGACCGUGCUAGGAGCUGGGCUUGCACCAUCAUGGGCCAGUGUGUCACCAAAUGCAAGAAUCCUUCUUCUACCCUUGGCAGCAAAAAUGGGGAAAGAGAAUCUGGCAGCAAGUCCCACAGCAAGAGGGGUGCAGUCCACAAAGAUGACCACGGCUCAGCUGGCGGGAAGGCUGCAGGAGACAUUCUUGUGAAUGGGACAAAGAAAACAGAUGCUGCUGUGGAGUCCAGUCAGCCUCCAACGUUUUCUGGAGACACAAAGAAAGAUUCUGUUUGCAGUGCAGAGGAAUCUUCUCUUCAGAGGAUUGGGGAGUUAUUCAGGAGGUAUAAGGACGAGCGGGAAGAUGCCAUACUGGAAGAAGGAAUGGAACGAUUUUGCAAUGACCUCUGUGUUGAUCCCACUGAAUUUAAAGUACUAGUUUUGGCUUGGAAAUUCCAGGCUGCUACCAUGUGCAAAUUUACAAGGAAGGAGUUUUUUGAAGGCUGCAAAGCAAUAAAUGCAGACAGCAUUGAUGGCAUUUGUGCAAGGUUCCCCAGCCUCCUAAAUGAAGCCAAGCAGGAAGAUAAAUUCAAGGAUCUCUAUCGUUUCACCUUCCAGUUUGGCCUGGACUCUGAGGAAGGACAGAGGUCGCUACAUCGGGAAAUAGCCAUUGCCCUUUGGAAAUUAGUCUUCACCCAAAACAAGCCCCCUAUUUUGGACCAGUGGUUACACUUCCUAAUCAAGAACCCCUCAGGAAUCAAGGGAAUCUCCCGGGACACGUGGAACAUGUUUCUAAAUUUUACUCAGGUGAUUGGACCGGACCUUAGCAACUACAGCGAGGACGAGGCCUGGCCGAGUCUCUUCGACACCUUUGUGGAGUGGGAAAUGGAGCGAAGGAAAAAGGAAGAGGAAACCAAAUGUCUUCUGUCUGCAGACACAGAGGGGCUGUGUGUGGGUGAACAGACUUAGCAGUGGCCAAGCAGCAGUGACAAAAGCAACUUGUUGCCCUUCACGAAAUGUAAACUCUGGAUGUUUCUGGAAAUUACCGAGGCUCCAGAUUUUUCUACUUUACACCUUUUUCUGCCUUGUCUUUGAAAGGGCUCUAGAAUGCUGUAUCAUGUUUUAGGCACUUUCUUAAUUUUGGUUAUUCCUUUUACUCUCACCCUGAAAUAUUUGAC